AUGAGUGAAAGUGAAACUCCCCGUGGACCGUCGAGCAAGGUUCAGCGAAGGAAUAUUCUCGACGCGCUCACCGGAUCACAAAACAGUGACGAAGAAACAGCGGAUCGUAUCCCAACCGUGGCCCAACAAAAGGCCGCACAGCAGGAAUUGCUAGCCAGACGCAGGAUGGCGCAGAGUUUGGAGAUUUUGGGUGAUCGGCAGGCGCUGCUGAUCGAUAAGCUGCUGCGAAUGCGUGAUACACUGCAAGAGGAAGAUAUCAGCAUUCAUCUACUCAAACUCCACGUAGAAACGUUACGCCGAACAGCUGACGAGUUUGAGAAGGUCUACGCAGAAAUGUCCGCUCUGUUGACGAAGGAGCAACGAGAAGCGAUGCGAGUUGAAUACGGAAAAUUCGAAGCAAUACACAACGAAGUGUAUGUGGCGCUGCAGACGCGAAUCGACCAUGUCGAACAGCAAACGAAACUGCAGGUGUACCAAAACGUGGCCGCUCCCCAGGCAUCUUCCCAAGCACCGGUGUAUGUGCAGGCGCCAGCUCCUCACCUGCAGGCACCGUUCCCUACCUUCAACGGUACCCUCGAAAACUGGUUCAGCUUCAAGAGUUUGUUCCAGAGUAUCAUGGCUAGGUACACAAACGAAACCGAUGCCAUGAAAAUCCUGCAUCUACGAAACUCGCUCACUGGGGAGGCCAAGGAUAAGAUCGACCAGGAAGUAGUUAAUAACGGCGAUUAUGCUUCGGCGUGGAAGAUCCUGGAAGAUGCUUAUGAGGACAAGCGUCUCAUUAUGGACACCCAUAUCGACGCAAUCCUGGACUGCCCGAGAGUCACCAAGGAUAAUCGUGGUAAGUCGCUCUCAAAGCUAGUUGAGCUGUGUGUCAAGCACACGGAUGCCCUGAACGGCCAUGGAUUCCCCGUCGAAGGAUUGGCCGAGCUCAUACUGGUGAACGUACUGUAUAAAAAACUCGAUAAGGAAACACAAGAGCUAUGGGAGACUAAGCUGGGUAGCGGCGAGCUUCCCGAUUUCGAAGAAUUCGUCGACUUCUUGCGCGAACGAGGACGUGUACUCCAGCGAACCAAUCGGACCCAGCAGCCACCUCCACAUCCAGCUACUCCAGCAUCAACUAAGCGGCAGCAGAUAAAUCAGAAGUCGCACUCUCAUGUGCCUUCCAACUCCUUCGUCCAGGUCGCUAGAGAGGUGUGCCCAUGUUGCAAGGCGGAACAUUCGAUCUACCGUUGUGUGAAGUUCCAAGGAUUGUCAUCGCAGGAGCGAAAAGUGCUUGUGACAAAAGCAAACCUUUGCUUCAACUGCCUGAAGUCCAAGCAUCGCGUCGUCAACUGUCCGUCGGAGCAGGGGUGUAAGGUGCAAGGGUGCGGUCGCAAGCACCACAGCUUGCUGCACUCAAACGAUGCUACUAGUGUGGACGUUCCAGAAAAGCAUGAAGACAACGAAGAACAUGCAACAGAUUCCGAAGGACAAUCGCAGAAGCAGCAGAAGAACUCUGAACAGCGUAGUGGUGCAACAACUCUAUGCGCAAGCAUCAGCGGAGCCGACCACCGUGUCAUCCUUUCCACGGCACAAGUGUUGGUUACUGGAAAGAACAACGAGCUCGUACAGUGCCGUGCGCUGUUAGACUCUGGAUCGGACAGCAACAUCAUAACCGAGCAGCUGGCAGGAAAGCUUCAGUUGAACAUGGUCCCCGUGGAUGUUCCGAUCAGUGGAUUGAACAACAGUGAAACUCGAGUCAAGUUCCUACUGGCCACGAAGUUCCAGUCCUGCAAUCGUUCGUUUGCUUCUCCCAAAUUAGAGUUCCUGGUUGUUCCAAACGUGACUUCGAACCUCCCGGUGACUAGCAUCGACUCCCGUUCCUGGAGGAUUCCAUCUGGGCUACAUUUUGCUGAUCCAAAGUUCCACUCCCCCGGCGAGAUUGACAUGGUCAUUGGAAAUGAAGUAUUUUUCGAUUUGAUCAAAAACGGUCGGAUGAAGCUAGGCGUGGAUGGCGUUACGCUAGCUGAAACAAAACUUGGAUGGAUUGUGGCGGGUUCGGUACCGAUCAAGGGCAGAUCGAAUCGCCGUGUGUGUCAGCUCAACCGAAAUGAUGAAAUGCUGAACCAAACGAUGUCCAAAUUCUGGGAACUGGAAAGCGUCUAUCCGGAGAAACCUACGACUGUGGCUGAAGCUGUGGCUGAGGAGCAUUUCAAGACCACCCACUAUCGUGAAUCGUCUGGGCGGUAUGUAGUGCGACUGCCAUUCAACGGCAUGGAGAGUCAACUUGGCGACUCCUACGAUGCAGCUCGGAAACGCCUCAAUAAGCUGAUGCUCCAGCUCGCGAGGAAUCCAAUCAAGCGUGGUGAGUACUACAGUUUCUUGUCAGAAUACUUGGCACUAGGCCACAUGGCGGAGCUGCCUGGAGAUGGCACGGAUGGUGGCGGUUACUACAUUCCUCACCAUGCUGUGUAUAAAGCUUCGAGUUCGACGACAAAGACAAGAGUGGUAUUUGAUGCGUCAGCGAAAACCACUACAGGAUAUUCGCUCAACGAUACACUCUUAGUUGGACCCACGGUACAAAAUGACAUCGUCUCGAUAAUCCUUCGAUUUUGUACCCACUCCGUGGUGCUGACUGCCGACAUAUCCAAAAUGUACCGGCAGGUGUGGCUACAUAAGGAUGAUUGCAAAUAUCAGCAAAUCCUCUGGUGGGACGGCAAUGGCCACCUAAAGGUUUACCAGCUCCAAACGGUAACAUACGGCGUUGCUAGUUCACCGUACCACGCGACACGAGUUCUGGUCCAACUGGCAGCUGAUGAAGGUGAUGAAUUUGCACUCGGCAAGGUGGUCAUUACGGAGGACAGCUAUAUCGACGAUUUCUUGACUGGCGGCUCGUCGAGUGAAGCAGUAAUUCGAAUCUACUCGGAGCUUUCAGAGCUGCUACGUCGUGGCGGCUUUGCAGUGCAUAAGUUUUGUUCAAACAGCGUGGACGUAUUGAAGGCUAUCCCCGAAGAUCUCCAAGAACAGCAAGUUAGCUUUGAUGAAGCUGGAAUCAACAACAGCAUUAAAACGUUGGGUUUGAUUUGGAACCCUCAAGAGGACUACUUCAUGUUUCGGGCAGCGGAAGUCGACUGGACGGUGGUGCCAACUAAACGCAAGGUUCUGUCGGAGAUCGGACAACUCUUCGAUCCGCUCGGAUUCCUGGGCCCUGUAAUUGUAUUCGCCAAGUUGGUUAUGCAAGACAUUUGGCGUCUUGGUAUAGAGUGGGAUCAAGAGCUUCCACAGGAACUUCUAGGAAAAUGGAAUCAAUUUCGUCAGCAAUUACCAGCAUUGAAUCAGAUCCGGAAACCACGAUGUGUGACACAAGGUGACGCGGUUACUCUGGAGCUCCAUGGUUUCUCGGACGCGUCCCAACGCGCAUAUGGAGCUGUUGUAUACGUGCGAAGCAUCGCUGCGGAUGGAACUGUCUACGUCAACCUGGUGGCCAGCAAAUCGCGCGUGGCUCCGCUCAAGCCGACAACGAUACCACGACUCGAGUUGUGCGGGGCAAAGCUUUUGGCAGAACUGGUGCAGAAGGUGAUUUUUGCGAUGAAGAUCCAAUUCGAUGCUGUGAAGCUGUGGUGCGAUUCCCAGAUUGUUUUGUGUUGGCUAAGGAAGUCUCCUCUCGUAUUAAAUCAAUUUGUUGCCAACCGUGUCGCUACAAUCGUCGAGCUAACGCAGUCGUACCAGUGGGGCUACAUACGAUCCGAGGAAAACCCUGCUGAUGCGAUAUCUCGAGGUGAGCUUCCAGAAGAUCUGCAGAAGAAGGAACAAUGGUGGAAAGGCGCUCAAAUGCUCUGGGAACAACAACUCACUCCACGUCAACCUGAAGCGAUUGAAGAAUCCAUGAUCCCGGAAGUGAAGGCGGCGGCGGUAGUGAUGGCAGCAGUCAGGUCGGACCCACCAAUAAUGCUAAACAGACUGAGCAACUACAGGAGAAUCCAGCGAGCGUGGGUGUAUGUUCAUCGAUACAUCGACAAGAAAGUGCACAAAAAGCAGGAAUUUGGUGACAUCACAGCCGACGAAAUUAUGAGGGCUGAAAGGUCAAUUUUAUUGCUCGUUCAGCGUGAGUCAUAUGGCGAUGUUCUGAAGGCUCUACAAUCAAAAUCCGUUCAGCGGCAACCGUACCGAAAUCUGGCGUUAUUCGUUGGUGAUGAUGGCCUCAUCCGAGUUGGCGGUCGCCUAAAAUAUUCGGCUAUUCCGUAUGAUGGCAAGCAUCAGGUGCUGCUUCCACAGAAACAUCACAUCACGGAAACCAUCGUGAGAGGAUUGCACCAGGAGCACUUCCACGUCGGCCAGAACGGACUUUUGGCGAUUGUUCGGGAGCACUACUGGCCAGUACAUGCACAGCAGCUGAUCAAGAAGGUAGUUUCAUCGUGUCAAGUGUGUGCUCGACAGCGUCCACGACCAGGAGCACAGUUCAUGGGAGACCUUCCUGAAGUACGGGUGCAGCCAGCGCCACCGUUUUCUAAGGUGGGCAUAGAUUACGCAGGUCCUUUCAUGCUGAAGAUGGGAGGCCGCAGCACGAAGCUGUACAAGGGCUACGUAGUUGUAUUUGUUUGCUUGGUCGUCAAGGCCAUCCAUUUCGAGUUGGUCUCGAGCCUGUCGACGGACAACUUUAUAGCAGCACUGCAACGUUUCUCCAGCCGACGUGGUCUGCCGAGUGACAUUCACAGCGACAAUGCCACAACCUUCGUGGGCGCUAAUCAUGAGUUGGCGGCAUUGAGGCAGCUUUUCGAGGACCAGCAACAUCAACUGAAAAUAAAGGAGUUCUGUAGCACGAAGGGUAUUCGCUGGCACUUCAUCCCCCCCAGAAGCCCACACUUUGGUGGGAUCUGGGAAGCGGGGGUGAAAUCUAUGAAAUACCACCUCAAGAGGGUAGUUGGUGAAACUCGACUUACCUUUGAAGAGAUGACCACUUUUCUAGCGCAGACGGAAGCCAUCCUCAACUCGCGUCCUCUGUACCCCAUGUCAGAGGACCCAAGCGACUACUCCGUGCUGACCCCAUCGCAUUUCCUGAUCGGCCGUUCUGGUGUAGCGCUUCCUGUGCCGGCAUAUGGAGAUGAAAAGGUCGGUCGGCUCGACAGAUAUCAGCACGUCCAGCUGAUGCACCAACAUUUCUGGGACAAAUGGUCUCGCGAAUAUCUUCACCAUUUGCAAGGACGGCAAAAAUGGAACACGAACGUGAACUCGAGCUUCAAGGUGGGUGCUCUGGUUCUGUUGAUCGAGGAAAACCUCCCACCGCAACAAUGGAAGCGUGGGCGGAUUGCGGCUGUGCACCCCGGCAAGGACGACGUUGUACGAGUGGUGACAGUCAAAACAGCAACUGGUGACUACAAACGAGCGGUGGCGAAGAUUGCUAUGAUGCCUUCUGUUGAAACUGAAUUAUCAACGGGGGGUGAAUGA